UAAAUAAAGCUAAAUCAAAAUUACCCAACGCAAUGAUAAAAUCAGAUAUAUCAUGUACCGAAGAUGAACAUUUUAAUGGUAUACUAAAACAUGUUUUAAAACGCAGUCUAUCUCCUAAAAGCAAACCGUCCAUAAAAGUGAAAAUUAAUUCAGAAAAUCAGGGUGCAAAUUCUUCAAGUUACCCACCUCAGUAUAACCCUAUGAAAGAUACUAUUGGUCCAGAUAUAUCUGAUUCGCAAUAUAACAUCAAUCAAAUUUCCAAUGAUCCUGAUAGUGAAAGUUCUAACAUUAGCGAUUUUGAUGAUUCUGAUGAAGAUCAAACAUGGACUGUUCAAAAAAAAAAAAACAUUCGGAACAGGAAUUAGAUGAAACAUCUCCAUUGAAAGUAACGCCAAAAAAAUUUAUUCCAAUUCCUGAUUUUGUUAUGACAUUGCCUAGUGGGCCAUAGCGAUUAAGCACGCAAAUUGAUAUCAACAAAAGUCACACAAAUAAUUCUAAAACUACUAACAAGUUACAUUUAACAGAAGAUUCAACAGUUAAUAACAAUUAUGUUAAGUGCCAACUACAAUAUUCUGUUGAAAACCAAAACAUGAUAUCAAGUAGGUAACGUUUUAGUUGUUAACAAUAAUGUGCACGUGUUUGUUAUAAAAAAUGAUUGAUAUAUAUAACUGAAGAAGUUGCCCUGCUGUAGGCGUAGAAUGUAGAGAU